AUGAGCGAGUCCUCUGACUUUCAGGAGGAGAAACCGCUAAGCUUCGAUCAAUCUUUAAGGUCUGAACGUGGGAAGCGUAAGAAGUUGGCGUGUGUAGAGUGCAGACAGCAGAAAUCAAAAUGUGACGCCCACGAAAAAGCACCCGGGCCGUGCACAAGAUGUGCAAAGAAGAGCACUGCCUGUAUACUGCAAAAGGACUUCCGGCGUACCUACAAACGUGUCAGAAACGAAGCCAUAGAACAAAGGUUUAAAGAACUGACAAAGUCCUUGAGUAAUCUCGAUGCAGAUGAGAUUCUGAAAAAGAUAGAACUAGAGCAGCAAACGUUGCUUGAUCAAAACAAUUUCACCAAAGAAAAAGUAAAAUUACUGCGACAGGGCGAUCCGAACUCAAGUCAGGUAUCUCUGACAAACUCUAACGAUACUUCAAAUCCAAAUGAAGACAAUUCUGACGCAAUCACUGGCUAUAAUAACAUUCACGAUGGGACAUCUACGCAACAACUUCCUAGUAAUCCUGUAUUGCACGUACCUGUGGGAUCGGAAAAGCUCAAGUGCAGCCCCAAAUCAUUGGGGGAAAUCUAUAUGUCCGCGGAGGACAUCAGUGAACUUUACGUAGAGUUCGUCACCAAAUAUCAUCCGUUUUUGCCGGUGGUCGAUGUGACCAAAGGCCCAGAGCUCAUUUAUAAAUUAUCACCUUGCUUAUUUUGGGUCAUAAUGCUUAUAGGACUUCGACGAAAGUUCAAAGCUACAGACUUCAUGACCAAACUCUCUAGUCUAGUCAAAUCUAUUCUCGCAGAAAUUACAAUGUCGCCUAUAAUACGAUAUGCGCCAACAGAAAAUGAUGAGCCCGUUUUGAACGUUGCGUCCGUGUACUCGGUACAGGCGUUUUUACUUUACACCUUUUGGCCUCCACUAACGUCAUCACUCAGUGCCGAUACUUCAUGGAACACAAUGGGUUCUGCUAUGUUUCAAGCGAUCCGUGUGGGCCUCAAUUGCGCCGAAUUCUCUACCGAGUAUGCAACUACCAAUUCUGAUCAGAUUCAGGAGCAGGUCAAAACUUGGAUCUGUUGCAAUAUAGUUUCACAAAUGAUAGCUUCAUCUUUUGGAUUUCCAGCAUUUGUGUCGUUUGAUCACACUGUCAUUAGUGCUUGUAGAAGCUCGUCAAAGCGUUCCGAUGCCCGCAAUAAUGUUGGGGUCCCUCAAACAAUAAAGCAAAUGAUGCAUAUUGCAUAUUUCGAAAAUCAACUCACCAAGACAAUGAAUUCAAACCCAUUAAAUGCAAUGGGUAUGGUUGGUGGUGAAGAGAAACUUCCACUUCUGCAUGUUUUGGAACAGCAAUUAGGUGAAUUAGAAAUCAGAUUGCGGGAGAGUAAAUUAGAUGAUAUCAGGAAAUUUCUGCUGCUUGUGGCCAAAGUGCAUUUAUUGACCUACUGCUUCACUGGUGUUAAACCCUUUGAAGAUUCUGCCGACUUGAGUGGAAUUGAAAUCACUGUUCGGGACGUCGAAAUGAAUUUUGAAGCAAAGCGUGGAUUUGUUAAAGUAUACAACGUUGCUAUGGAGCUCUUAAUGCACACAACUUCGAUGUGCAAGGCUGACCCAAAUAUCAUUAAAUCUUUUCCGGGAGUAUUUGUCCUGAGCAUAUGGCAAACGGCAUGCAUCAUAAGCAAACUGUCACACUCGUCGCUAGAUUCAGUUCUCAAUUUAGAAUUGGGUAAGAAAAUAUAUCAAGAAGCUGUGGUUUUAACGUACAACGCCUCUGUUCUAAAAUAUGACAUGGCAUAUAGGUCCUCGGGUAUCAUGAAAAGCAUAUGGAGCAUGUUUAGUAAUAUGCACACCAAAUGGAAAACCGAACAGUCGGACGAGUUGCUGCCAUUAGGCAAUGAUUUUAAUUUGGAUAUCACAAUAAAGUCCAGAAUGUCGGCAAGCGUUUUUUUCGACUGCUUGUACAAGCUACGAGAGAAAUGUGGCAUGGCCAAAUUGAAAAGAGAGCUACGAUCCGGGUCGGAAGACAAUGAAAUGGAGGAUGACGCAGUGAGAGACGGAUCUAUGGAGAAACGUGAAAGACGCCUCUCGGGGCAGCAAGAUCCCGAGGAAAAUGCACGUAAGUUGAUCAAGACCAUUCCACUGGACCCGGAACCGAUUAAUGCCCCUAUGAGCGGCAGCAGCGCAGCCACUCCGAACAGCCAGCCGUCAGACGUGGUUUCGCUCAAAAGUAUUCUGAACAAGACGGCAGUCUGUGACAGUAGGUAUUCGAGGAACAGAUCGGUAUCUAUUGAUGAUAUUGAAGGCACGGGCGUCGGCGGUGGGCGAGAAAUGCGAAGUCCCGGUUUCACGCCAGAUGCCUUGAUUGAUCGUAAUUUGUUCGAAACACGCGAGAUGGUAAAAAAUGGAAAUGACGUUGAAGAUUCCUCGGUGCUUUUGUCACACAGGAGCGAUUCACCUGCAGCCAUGGAGCAUUGGGACAACUGGGAAUCUGACACAGUAUGGAAAGACGUUGAUAUCCUGAUGAACGAAUUUGCCUUCAAUCCAACUUUGUGA